AAUUAAAAGCGGAAAAACUCGCAGAAGUUGCCGUCUCUGGCUGUGGCGCCUCCCGUUCGUUUACAACCCAGAAAGAAGAGAAGCGAUGGCUCGGAACAUAUCAUACAUCACAGGCUCCCAGCUUCUCUCUCUGAAGCGUCGACCCAAUUUAGCCAUCGUAGAUGUAAGAGAUGACGAGAGGACUUACGAUGGGCAUAUAGCUGGAUCAUUGCACUAUGCCAGCGGUACAUUUAUUGAGCAAUUGCCCAGCCUGGUCCAAGCAGUCAAGGGCAAAGACACCCUCGUCUUCCAUUGCGCUCUCAGCCAGGUCCGGGGCCCAAAGUGUGCACGUAGGUUAGCAGCCUACCUUGCAGAAGUUAAAGAAGAGACGGGAAUAAAGAACAUCAUGGUUCUGGAACGUGGUUUCAACGGUUGGGAAGCCUCUGGCAGUCCUGUUUGUCGAUGCACUGGCAUCCCUUGUAAGGAAGACCGCGGGUAGUAACCGAUUCAGUUCUAUCCUCCUGUUAUGUUGUUGGAUUGAAUGUCUUGUAGAAUUCAUUGCUAAUUAUGCUUUAGUGUAAGCAAUGGCAAUGAACUUCUUUACUGCAGAAUAUUUGAGGAUUUUGUAAUCAGCCAGCAGUGGCUGAUUUCAAGUAAUCCUAGUCUAUUACGUGAAACCCUGUUUGUUUUCUUUCAUCUCUGUCUUCGAUUUAGACACGAAAUGAAAUGUAAUGGUUUAAUAGAAGAUAAUGUCCAUGAAUGGAUGUCAUUUGAAAGCUAUAGUCGACAUGGAUUAGUUUUUGUUA